AUGAAGAGGGAAAACAAUGAGGCCUAUGACAAGUUUCUCUCUUGGCUAACCCAAAACAACUUUUAUAUCUCAUCAAAAAUCCAAAUAACCGAGAAUUCCGUUGCUGGGCGAGGGAUCGUUUCUUUGCAAAUCAUUUCUCCCCCGGAGUUGCUAGCGUCUUUUAGUAAAGCCAUUGUUUUGAGCCCAAAAAACUCGUAUUUCUCUCCUUUGCUUUCCAAACUUUGUUAUAAAGCUGGAGUGCCUAGUUACCCUGCGCAAUCUGACCCUUUAGCCAAUGUUCGGCUUACGCUGGCAUUUAUAUUAGAGAAAUCCUUGGGCGACAAGAGUUUUUGGAAACCUUACUUGGAUACUCUUGAUGAAGCUGCUAUUCCAGAUUCCAUUUUGCUAUGGGGCCAUGAUCAAUUACGAUUUAAGGGGACUAAUGUAUACGAAAAGACUAACAAUGUACUAAAAAUUUACUACGAACAGUAUAAGGAAAUUGUUUUACCCUUUUUUAAGGAGUGUACAUCACUUCCCAAAUCAGGUCCCAGCUGGCUAGAUUAUUUGCGAGCAUGCAUUCUCACUCAAAGCAGAUGUUUUUAUAUUGAUGACUACCAUAAAUUAUCGCUUGUCCCUUUUUGUGAUAUAUUUAAUCAUCAAUCAAAUCCAGAAAUUGCUUUUCUUGAAUGCUCCAACCUUAUAACGGAUUCAUCAAGCAAUUAUGAGCCUACAGACGACUUUCUUUGCAAUUUUACACUGAACUCAGUUGUUCAUAAAGGAGAUGAAAUAUUUAAUUGCUUUGGAUCUUUUUGCGUCGACGAACUGCUCAUCCAAUAUGGCUUUUUAGAUCCUACUUGUGAGAUUUGGCAAGUAGAUUUGGAAAGAACAAUACGAAGCUUAUUCAAGGAAGCUUUUUGCAAGUGGAAGAAGUAUUUUGAUUUUGAAUCGCCUUAUGACCCACAUAGUGAAAACUGUAAACUGGCUCUGGAGGAAUCAUCAAAUCAUUCACGAAAUUUACUCUCUCGCCAUCACAAGAGCCUAUGUAUUUUCAGCACAUUGGGACCAAGCUUUGCAAUGUUUUCAUUCAUUUGCUUUCUCACUUACAACUCUUACGUUGAUCGCUAUCCGACUACGGCUAGUCUUUUACCAUUUUCAAAACUAGAAAAGAGUCUAUGGAAUUACCAUAUCGAAAUCUUAGGUUCUAGGGAGCCAAAAGUAGAACAGGAAUUGAUGACUAUCUACGCAGAGAUUCUUAAGACACUGGGUUCCAUUUAUGAAUUACGUAAAAGUCAGUAUGAGAAUGGAGGUUUAUCAGCAUCCGAUUAUAAAUUUUUACUUGACAAUUCAUCCUUAGAGCAUGAGAGUCGUGCAUUAAUUACUAUUAAGGUGUUUUAUUAUGAGUUAUUGCUUUUGGAAUCGGAACAUCAACGCUGUAUAGAAAUACAGUCAAACUUAUCUAGGGCGAAAAACGAAAGCUAA